GGAAGGGACCUGACCAGAUCCUUGAUCCUACGCACCGACAAUGUUCAGCAGUAUCUGAAGCGUCGCGAGGCGCGCAUCGGGCGCGAGAGUGCGAUGAAGGUUGGGAUGUCGGCAAUGGCAAGCGAAGUCCUCGACUUCACACCGCAAGCCUUCGAUGUGGACGAUAAGCUCCGUCGUAUACGCGAAGACAAGCGGAAGGAUCUCACUGUGAAUCAGCUUCUGUCUUGGAUCGACUUCGGACAUACCUCUCGUGUCAGUGCUCUUCACUGGCUACAGGCACUUGUCACCUACGUCCCUGAGCUCGAGGACAUGAAGACCGAGCUUGCAACCCUGUUUCGCACGCACGCCGGAAAGAUCCCUCUCCCUCGUCACAAAACCGACAUCUACCCUAUGCCGACAGUCGGUAAAAACGAGAACAUCACCACCGAGUUCCGUGAUGCACUCCUGGAUUUCUUGGGUCAGAUUGGGCAGAAGGAUAAGGACUACGAUCGUCGUCUGGUCCUGAUAGGAGGGGACGGCCUUACCUACGAACACCUGCUUCAAAUCAAAGGGUACAUGGCGGAUCAAGAGGACGAUUUCCGCCGCUUCGAGCUUGUGGAGCCCUUCCUCAAGACAUGGCACACUGGAAUGACACAUCUCAGCAUGCUUAACGAGGUCCACUGGGGGUCGUACCUGACGGCUGAUCCAUCCAAGCUGGGGUACACUGCAGGGAAGAUUGGUCAAAAAGCGCCCUCAAACUUGAAGAAGUGGGACUACUACCCGACCGCUUGGCGGACAUGGCUGGAUCUAGACACACGCAUGCUCGACUGCUGGAGAGUGUUCUUCGGUGCGGAGGACCUGUUCGACUACUUCAAGAGUGAACAUGCCAAUAAACAAGUUCCCACUCUUGCUGAGCUUCUCGAAAUGGCGACAACACUCUACCACCGUUACGCCUCCCAGCGUGCCUACGAGUCUGCCCGUGAGGGUGUGAUUGCGAAGGACGGCAAGUUCGCAAUCCCGGAUGGCAAAACUUGGCAGCCAUCUGUGCAGCAGUCCAGCAGUGCCACUGUGCUGAAGACAUCUGGGACAGCGAAGGGUAAGCAGUCAAAAAGCGGGAAAGAAAAAGCGACAGUCGCACCUUCGGAGCCAUUCGCAGGCGAUCAAUCCCUUAGCGACUCCAUCAUGCUCAUGCACGAAUCAAUCCUCUCACGGGAGCUUGCGCAGGCGGUCGCAGUGGGUGAUCCUGGCCGUGUAUAUGAAGCUGUGAAGGUUAGUCUCUUCUCCUUUGCCGGCUCAUCACAUACAAAAUAUACUGGGUACACCCUGGAGAUGAUCGUGAAUCUCGAGCUCGAGUCAAGCCCCGCCCUGAAGGAAAUGUUCCUGAAGAACUGGCUCAUCAAUCCAUCAGGCGAGUCGGGCAGAUGGGUCGAAGGCGACAUUCACCUCGAACAUAUCAACCUCAUCUUGGAGACGAUGCUGGAACACAAGGACGCCGAAUGGGAUGAUGCAUACAUCCGGACGGUGGUCGCGCCAAAUGUCUCGCACUUCGUAACACGCAAGAACACGUACCGGGAGGGUCUCGGCCUUGCCAAGCGGCGGAGCGCACAUACCUCUCCGCACUGUCGACCCGAGGUCAUAAAACUCCUCGAAGCAUUCAAGGAGGAAGACUUACACCGCUUCCGUAAGGGACAACACUAUGCGGCCAGUGGCUCGUCUGACUCGGACCCGUCGCUGCGCGAUGUCAACCUGUUCGCUCAAGGUCUUGCUGGGUUGCGGGAAGGGAGGCUGGAGAAGUGGAAGGCGGAGUCCCGUGCACGCCGUAUGCAUUACAAUGAACAACGAUCGGGCAUUACAGGCGCAGACACCAAAGAGGCCGGGGAUGCAGAUGGUGCUGGCAAAGGUGGUCCGGAAGGUAGCGAUGAUGGCGCUGAGGCUGACCCAUCCGAGGUGCAUGCUGAUGAUGGGGAAUCGUCGAUGCGGACAGAAGGGAUAGUGGUAUACUCUGACGGCGAGCUCGUUGUCGACUACGGGGACUGGACAUUGUCAGAUGUGUUAGCUAGUAACAGGGCAGAGGAGACAGACGCAGACGCACUGGAACUUGGGGAGUUCUUUGACCUAUAA